UUGCAGAUUGGGUUGAAGAACCCACGAAACUUCCGAAAGGGAUUGAGUUGCGGGAAUUUGGAAAACAUUUUCAAAAGGCAGAUUCAAACGGAGAAAGCCGGAGACGCUGUCAAUCAACCUUAACCGAGUUACCGUGUGGCGUCUAUUCUUGUUCUGAGUUCUCUUCAGCCUCCAAACUCGUUCUCUUUGAAAUUUUGCACGCUGCCUCCAAAACCUUUAUAUAUAAGCUCACACGCUCUCCGACAUCCAGCGAUAGCUUACGCUUCUUCUAUUCUCAGGGUUAAGACAUGAAGAUUCCUCGUUCAUUUCUCACUUGUUUCUCUGCAACAGUCGAAGAACCAAGACAGCUCGAUGACCCGGAAGGAGGCGGUGAUGAAGCAUUUCGUGUAUUCCAUCGCAGCGAAUUGAAAUUAGCCACCGGCGGUUUUAAUUCCUGGGACAAGAUUGGAGAAGGAGGAUUCGGUUCUGUCUACAAGGGGCAGCUUCGGAACGGCAAUGUGGUGGCUGUGAAAGUGCUUUCAGUCGAACUGGAAUCUAUGCGAGGAGAAAUGGAGUUCGCCGCAGAAUUGGCCACACUCUCUCGUAUCAACCACGAAAAUCUAGUUAGUCUUCGAGGGUGUUGCGUGGAAGAAGACCGAAGAUAUUUGGUCUUCAAUUACAUGGAAAACAACAGCCUUUCCCGCACUUUUUUAGGCACAGAUGAAUGCAGGAUGAAAUUCAGAUGGGAAUUGAGGAGCAACAUAUCUGUUGGGGUGGCUCGUGGCCUUGCCUAUCUCCAUGAGCAACUAAAACCCCACAUUGUCCAUAGAGAUAUCAAACCCAGCAACAUCCUUCUCGAUCAAAACUUCACGCCAAAGCUAUCUGACUUCGGUUUCGCAAAGUUGUUUACGGACGAAAAGUCAUACGUCAGUACUAGAGUUGCUGGGACAUUGGGCUAUAUUUCUCCGGAGUAUGCCACUACCGGAAAAUUGACACGAAAAUCAGAUGUUUAUAGCUUUGGAGUGUUACUCUUACAAAUUGUUAGUGGCCAAGCAGCGGUUGAUGCUUAUCAGGAUAUGGAUCGUUUCCUGGUAGAGAAGGUGUGGGCAGCUUAUAAAGCUAACGAGCUAGUAAAAAUGGUGGAUCCUGUGAUUACAAAUAUGAACUCGGUAGCGGAAGAAGGCAUUCGAUUCCUAAAAGUGGGGCUGCUUUGCGUGCAAGAAACCGCCAAGCUUCGGCCCAGAAUGACAGAGGUCGUUGAAAUGUUGACUAGCAGCAUCAUUAAUGACAUGGAAGGUGUUGCUAUCUCAAAACCAGGCUUUGUUGCUGAUCUCAGAAACAUCAAAAUAAGGCAGCAAAUACCAAUACCCGUGAGUCCCGAAUCAAUUUCAAGUGGAGCAAACCAGGGUAUUUGGAGGUCGGCCGUUCUCGCCCGUUAAAUUCAUGAGGGUUUAUUGGGAUUCAUCCAGUUUUGCUAUUGUUUAUGCAUGUGUAUAGUGUAAUCAAGUUGAUUUUGUGCAAUCAAGCGUACAACUGUCAUAGCUUUGUAAAUUGCCGCCAUUCUUGUUGAAAUUAAUUCAAGGUAGAGGCAGACAUUAUUAUUC